GGCUUGUGUGAUUUCCGUGAUAUUUCACUGGGAUUUUAUCAAACACAAGUCACAGGAUCUGAAAUCCGAGACAAAGGGACAGCGUUUUCGGGCAGCUCGCUCCCCGGGUUCUGGCCGUAGACGGACAGAGGAGCCUCUCAAAGCAGUCAGACGGUCAUCAGAACCUUCUCUGGCCAAGAGGAGGACUUUGAUAUGACUGCCAAGUGUUUGCUUUGCUGUCUGGCUCUAAUCUCAGCGAGUUUUCUUGUGGCCUAUGCACACAUCCUAAUCGAAGAGAAGAGCACCACAAAUGAGAGUUCCUCCCGUGAAGUGAAGGCUUACUCUGAACCUCCCCCAAUCCUGAUCGUAGAGUUGCCAAAAUCAGUACGGAGGAAUAAAAAAGAUGCUGAGAAGAAGCAAAGAAAGAAUAAGUUCGGCGGCAGAAGCAAGCGACCCCCACCGCCGGCUAACUGCGUCCCUCUGUGGGGAAGUUGCAAAUCGCCCAACACAGCCUGCUGCGAACACUGCGCUUUCUGUCAAUGUCGUCUUUUCAAAACCGUGUGUUACUGUCGCAUGGGGAAUCCGAGGUGUUGAAGACCCGACAACAUAUCCCAUUGCCAACUUUUUUGCCUACGAGGAUGCAAUCGAUUCGACGUUUUUAAUCACACUCAAGUAGGCUAUUGUGUUUGAUAGGCUACCAUUUUUAUUUUUUUCAAGUGAUGGAUUUUUUCAAUUAUAAAGUGCAAGUGGUCUGUUUUUUCCCCACAAACGACCACAUAGGCCACACCCCUCUUUUCGGAUCAUAGCAUAACGUGGGCUACGCAUUGUACAUUAUGGGUAAGCUUAAUUAUUGUAGGCGAGGGUAGGCCUAUAGCCUAUCCUUAUUGAUAGGCCUACCAUUUUAGAACCAUGCGCGCCUAAGAGAUUGUUUCUUAUGAUUGAGUUUUAU